AUGAGCAUCGUAGGGCUGACGCUGGACUACGGCCCGUUCGGCUUCAUGGAGUGGUUCGAGCCCGAUUUCGCCCCCAACGGCUCUGACGCAGGCGGGCGGUAUGCCUACCGUGCGCAGCCGGAGGCCUGCAGGUUCGGCUGCGAGCGGCUGGCCGAGGCCCUGGGUCCCGCGCUGCCCCUGGAGAGAUCCAGGCCUCUGCUCGCGACGUGGGACGACCGCUUCCAGGCGGCGUACCUGCGUCGCAUGCGGGUAAAGCUGGGGCUGGUCGACGCUACAGGGGACGCCGAGGAGAAGGACAGAGCUCUUGUCGAUCAGCUGCUUGAGACCAUGGAGCAGACUUAUGCGGACUGGACCCUGACGUUCCGUAUCCUGUGCGACUUCGACCCCGCUGCUCCGGAGACCACCUUGCAGCUCCUCGUGGGAGUGUGCGCAGAACCAAAGGUGCGGGCUUCCAUGGUGGAGCGGAAGGCCGAUAUGUCCAAGGCGUCGAUGCCGCCAAAGCAGGUGCGCGAGCUUUGGGAGAUGUGCCAGAACGAUCCGGAGCGAGUGAAGGCGAUGUUCCCUGGAUCAUCGCUAGAGGGUAUCAUCAAGCAGAUGAAGGUCGAGCUCGCGAGGGCCGAGCGCGCGGAGGCCGCGGAGAGCCGGCUGCGGACGCUGCGCGGCGUGGACCCGAGGGACCAGGCGUCCCGCGACGAGGAGCUCUGGGCCAGGUGGCUGCGUCUCUACGGCGGCGCGGGCCUGGCUGACGAGGUGGGCGCCCCACGGCGGCGUGAAGCAAUGCGCGCUGCGAACCCGGCCUUCGUGCCGAGGAACUGGGUGCUGCAGGAGGCUAUCGAGGCGGCAUACGGCGCGGACUUCUCCCGUGUGCACGCGCUGCUGCAAAGGGUGGCACAUCCCUUCGAGGAGGCCGAUGCGCAGGAGUGCCCGGCCGGCGGUGGCUGCGACUGGCUCCGCGGGGUGCUGGCCUGCCAGUGCGGGCACUACAGGCCUCCCGGCACCGCCGUCGCGCUGCUCACCACUUGGCCGCUGUAG